AAGAAAAACCAGUAGGAAAAAGAUGGAAGUAUAUAAGCCAUAUUAUUUUCCUGAAAUACAUCUUGUAUCCACAUUCCCUUCAUUAUAUCUCUAAUUUUUUGUUAAAUUUUUCUUUAUUUCCUGAGGAUUUUUUUACUUCUCAACUUAACAAAAGAAUGAAUAUGAAACAAAGUAUGGAGAAGGAAUCAAGCCUCAAAGCUGAUGAAUCUCUGAUUCAAUGCCUUGAAAACAAAAUUGCCACCUCAAGUUCUCCAAUUUCUUCCCUAAUCUACACCCAAGAAAACCCUUCUUAUUCCACUUUUCUUAACUCUCGCAUUCAUAAUCUUCGAUUUAUCAAAGCAACAACACCAAAACCACUUGUCAUUGUAACCCCUACACAUGCAUCCCACAUACAAGGGGCAAUACAAUGGGCAAAACAGCAAGGCCUACAAAUGAGAAUCCGAAGCGGGGGGCAUGACUAUGAGGGCUUAUCUUAUGUCUCUAAUGCCCCUUUUUUCAUUCUUGACUUAGUUAACCUUCGCUCCAUUGAUGUCGAUAUCGAGGAGGAGACAGCAUGGGUGCAAGCUGGAGCAACUCUCGGAGAAAUGUGCUAUGAAAUUGCUAAGAAGAGUAAGACUCAUGGAUUCCCUGUUGGGGUGUGCCCUAGUGUUGGUGUAGGGGGACACUUUAGUGGGGGAGGAUAUGGAAAUAUGAUGAGGAAGUAUGGACUUACCAUUGAUAAUGUAAUUGAUGCUCAACUCAUUGAUGCUAAUGGUAGGUUCCUAAACCGCAAAUCAAUGGGUGAAGACCUAUUUUGGGCUAUAAGAGGAGGUGGAGGAGCUAGCUUUGGGGUUAUACUUUCUUACAAGAUCAAGUUAGUCCCAGUUCCUGAAGUUGUGACAGUUUUUCGCGUCUCACGGACCAUGGAAGAAAAUGCUAUCAGCAUUGUCCUUCAAUGGCAAGAGACUUCAAGCAUAAUAGAUAAUGACCUCUUUUUGAGGCUAACGAUGGAUGUCAUAGAUGGAGGUGAUAUGAUCAAUAAGGGAAAAAAGACGGUGAGGGCGACGUUCAUUGCAUUGUUUCUAGGUGACUCUACAAGGCUUAACUCAUUGAUGAGAGAUCAAUUUCCUAAACUGAAAUUGCAAGAGUCCGAUUGCCAUGAAAUGAGUUGGAUUGAGUCUGUUCUAUUUUGGGCGGACUAUCCUAGUGGUGCUCCGUUGGAGGUGCUCCUCCAGAGGACACCUAAAACUUUGUCUCAUCUUACAAGGAAGUCCGAUUACGUGAAAAAACCCAUCCCAAGAGAAGGAUUGGAAUUUAUAUGGGGUAAAAUGGUUGAGCUAGAAACUCCAAGGCUCACAUUCAACCCAUAUGGAGGAAGAAUGAGCGAGAUUUCUGAAAAUGAGACCCCUUUUCCACAUAGAAAAGGCAACUUGUACAAGAUUCAAUACUUAACCAACUGGGAUGAGGAAGGGAAGGAUAAAGAGAAAUACUACAUUGAUUUAACAAGGAAAUUAUACAUCUACAUGACUCCGUACGUGUCCAAAUACCCAAGACAAGCAUAUUUUAACUAUCGGGAUUUAGAUUUAGGGGUUAACAAACAUGAUGGUAUUAGCAGCUUUUUGGAAGGGAUGAAGUAUGGAAUUCAGUAUUUCAAGGAUAAUUAUGAUAAUUUAGUGAAGAUUAAGACCAUCGUUGAUCCUGAUAACUUCUUCAACAAUGAGCAAAGCAUUCCUGCUCUUCCCACGUGAAUUAAAUGAAUAUCAUCUUAAUUUGUUAUAAAUAAUUAUUGUUUUUUAAUGGUCUGCGAGCCUAUGAAGUAGUUUGCGUGUUAUAUUGUCGGUUGUUCUAUGUGCUAAGAAUAAAAGGGAAAUUCUACAUUGUAAUGUCAAAUAUUUUUAAGUUUC